CAAACUCUUAUGCGGCCCAUCGACCUAAUACACAGUCACGUGAUUAUCUUCCAUUAUGAUAAGUCGAAGGCAAUUUUUUGCGAAAUUUGAUAAAAUUUAGGGCCCAAGGGUAAUAAAAUGCCCGGGCCAGUCGAAAGAUGGUUAGAGACAUUUAUGUGUAAACAAUAUGCUGAUACAUUUGAAGCCUAUGGAUUCAAAACUCUUCAGUCUGUAUGCCAGCUUCAACAGCCACAGCUGCAGGCCAUGGGAGUUGCACAAGAACAUGUUGACAAAAUACUGGAGAGUGUCCACAUCCUCAGACAGAGUAUGUUUGGUGGAAUGAAUCAUUACAAAGAUGAAGGGUAUGGUGGUCAAUCUAAUGUUAGAAUGCAACAUACAGGGUAUAUCCAAGCUCCACAAGCCCACAAUGUGAGUGGAAUGAAUCCUAAUUAUAGCAUGGCCCAAGUUGGAUACAAUAACAACAACAACCAGGGAAACAUUAUGACAUCACACCGUGGACACAUGAUGGACAGUAUUUACCAACAACAACAGCAACAACAACAACAACCUCAGCCUCAAUCUCAGCAGUAUCCAUCGUCACCGUACCAAAACCAGGGACCUUAUCACAUGGGACAGUACAACCAACAAAAUAGUACAUAUGGUCCUAUGAUGAAUUAUAAUAACCAAAACAGAACUCAAGUUCGCCAACCUACUACUGCUACUUCACAUGUACAUUCUCGUCACCAGAAUCCACAGGAAGUAGCUAACAAUAUCCUCCAGAUGGCAGCAUCAUAUCAACCAAGUCAAACUGUUCAGGUGCCUUUGUCAAAAAAUCGACAAGCACCUUAUCACGUGCCUGUCUCUGCUCAUUAUAACAUGCCUAAUCAUAUGAAUAAUACAGAACAAAUGAAUCGGCAGUUUAAUUAUCCAAAUCCAUCUCAGCAUAACACCCAUGCAGCAAGGACUUCUCCUGUAAGUCCAGGGUCAAUGUACAUGCAUAGUCCAGCCUCACAACACAGCAGUCACAGUAUGCCAAAUUCCAGUCCACGAUCUAUUCAUAGUCCAUCUGGUUGUGGGAAUAUAAGAUCACCUGUUCCCUCGCCUGCUGGUAGUAUGAGAUCCCCUUGUCACAUGCAGUCACCAGUUAAUACACCAAUCAACCAACAGCUGCAUGUAACCACUGGUCAACAAAUGGUACAAUCUCCACCUCAACAUCAAAUGGGCUUCUCACCUAAAAAUAAUCCGUUAAGUCCUCAAGGAAUUCAGUCACCGCAUUAUAAACAACAAAAUCAGAAAAGUUAUCUGAAUGAAAAUGUGGCUGCAGCUAAUUUUACUGCUAAUAACCCAUUGCAGUCUUUACAAAAGCUGUGUAUGUUACCUGAUAGGCAGGUAGUGGAUCCCAAAAGUAUUGUUAAUGAUUCUUCCCCUUCACCUAAUCAGACCCAAAAAAACGUGAGUAGCGAUGUCGACUGGAAUUCAACCAUCAGUGAGGCGGCAUCGGUAAAUAAUUGCACUGAUGGAAAAAAUUGUGAUGAAAUGGACAAUAAUUCAGGUAUACAAACUAAUCUGUGUACAAGUUCUGAAAAUAGCUGUGCAGUCCAAAAGACAGCAUUAAACACAGUUGUUGAUAGCUAUGCUGAUGAUGCAGUGAAAAAGUCAUCUGAAAAUACUAUCAAAACUAAUGUUGAUUUUGAACAUCAAAAACUGAAAUAUUUAGGGCAACCAUGUAAUACAGAAACAGAUAAACAACCACCUUUAGAACGUGUUCAAGGAACAAAUUGUGAAUUUUCGGAACGAGUAACAAAUUUUGAGUCUUCAAAAAAUGUUCCCGAAACACAUAAGAAAUCUGAAACAUCAGAAAAUUCUUUUAAUAAUUUGCAAGCCAGUAUUGAAACAAAAGAGGUAUCAGACUCAAUUGUUCAUGCAACUGUUGUUAGUGAACAAAUAAAUGGUAUUCCAAAGUCUACUGAUCACAUAGAUUGUAUACCAAAGUCUUCAGAUAAGUUACACAAUUCUGAACUUGCAGAUAAUUUACAUAAAGAACAGAAAAUACAAGAAAAAUCUGUAUGUGAAAGUGAAACGAAUAGAUUAGAACAGACUGUAGUAAAGUCACAUGAUAGAGAACAAAAGUCAUGUGACUUAACAGACAGUAUAGAAAGGUUACAAGAUGACCAGGUAUCGAGACUGGAGUCAGAAUCUGUUGAAAAUAUCUGUGAUAAGUCUAUAGUCAAUGGUUGUGAUAAUACACACUGUGAUGACCAGUCUAAACCUGAUAUCAGUUCAGAAUGUCGGAAAGAUGAAGUUAAAAGUAUGGUUAAUGGUAUUGACGAUUCAGAAGAUAAUAGUAGUGAUCUUGAACUGAACAAAAAAGAUUUGUUUAUCAAAAGUGAACCAAAUAUAGAAAUUCUAGAAAUGGAUUCUGAUUCUCUUCUCAAUCAUAAAACAGAUCAGAGACAUAAAAAUGAUGAAAAAGCUGAUAAUAAGCGGCAUUUGAGAGAGAUUCCGCCCAGAGUGGCAAGUGCCUCACCAUUUUAUGUUGAUGAUUCAGAUAGUGGUGAUGAGGGAAUUCUCAUGGUUCGUAAGGAUGUGAAGUAUACUUAUAGUAGGUACAGUAAAAUUCAUCGUGAUAUCAAUUCACAUGUAUCUGUAUCAGAUAACGAUACUUUUGAUAUCUCUGAUGAAGAAAGUCUUGAUAGGAAUAGUUUAGAUAGUGACAUGAGUAAAGGAUUUGACUGUGAUAUUAUACAGUCUAUUCCUAAAACUGUAAAUGGCCCUAGUUCAAACCCAGGACAUAGAAAGAAAAAUACAGGAUCUAAGCCAUUUAAAAACAGAUGCAGUAGAAAUGUCAUUUCUGAUACUCUUGGACAAGGAUCGAAAGAUAAGUCUGAAAACCAAAAAGGAAAUGGUCGUUCUAAAAGAAGAAGAACUGCAACUUCUAAAUAUGGAGAUGAAAUGUAUUUAGGGGAUGAUUUUGCACUAGAUUCUGAAGAAGAAACUAAGAUUGAAAGGAAAAGCAAAAGGAAGCGUAAACCUAGUGGUGAUACAUCAUGUAUAAAGGCAAACACAAAAGUCAAAUCGGAAGAUGUUAAUCUCGAUUCAGAUGAUGUAGAAGAAAAUGACAAAAAAUGUAAGAAAAAUGAAAAAACUGAGGCAAAAUUUAACUGCAUUAUCAAAUCAGAAGAAAUUAUUUUAGAUUCAGAUGAAGAAGAAGAAACUGGCAAAAUAGAUCAAGGUAAACAAAAAAUAAGUGUUGAUAAAAAGUUGCCAACUAAAACUAAGAUAGAACCUGAGAUAUUAGUGUCUGUUGAAGAACCUGAAGUUGAAAAGACUAUAGUUACUAGAAGAAAAAGUAAAUUAAGUGGUGAUAUCAAAUCAAAGGUGCAAAUCAAAGAAGAAAAUGAAGACUCACAAAUGGAUUCCUUAGAUUCAAAGGAAAUCUGUAUAGAUAUAAUAGACAGUUCUGAUAACUUAGGUGAUGGUUCUGAUAUUAUAACAUUUAAGCCUAUAACUAAACAAUCCUCCUCAUUUCUUCCAGUGGCUUCAACCUCAAAAUCUCAGUGUGAAAAUAAACCUUUAGUGCAAAAAGCUAAACCUCGAACUAAAUCGAAACUAAAAGUUUCAAAAGCUGGUAAAUCAAAGUCUCGUGGAAAAUUGCUAGAUGACUCAAUUAAAAAUAUGAAAUUAAAAAAAACAAUGAACUUGAUGAAACAGAACGGAAAAAAGAAGCCUGAGGUGCCAGUUAAAGAAAAGGGUCCUAUUUUAAGGAUUAAAGAUUCUGGGACACCAAAAGAAAAGUGUUCAGUUGUCAAUCAGCUCAUAGAGGAGAAUAGUGAUAAAACUGCCAAAAAUAAGAGGUCAACUGUGAGGGUUUCAACUGUACAAGUGUCUAAAUUACCUUCUGAAAAGUCUGUUCAUGUGCCUGCUUCACUUGCAGGAGAGAACACUUCAUGGGUUUGUGCUUUAUGUAAGAAGCAUAGUAGUUACAAAUUUUUAGGAGAUUUAUUUGGACCAUAUUAUACGGAAGGUAAUUUACCGGAGGAUGAGGGCAGUAGUUCUAAUGACAAAAAAGGUAAACAAAAAAGACAAAGUGUUAGUGUUGAUUCAAAGUCUAAUUCCAAAGGCAGGCGAAAAAGUAAGGACUCCAUGAAACCUAACGAGAUCUGGGUUCAUGAAGACUGUGCUGCAUGGGCUGAUGGGGUCCUGUUGAUUGGUGCCAAAAUGUAUGGGUUACAGGAAGCCACAGAUAUAGCUUCUUCUACAGUUUGUACAUAUUGUAAAGAAACUGGUGCUAUGGUAGGCUGUCUACAUAAAGGUUGUUCCCAAAAAUUCCAUUAUUACUGUGGCAUUGAAUCAGGUUGUUUCUUAGAUGAGGAAAAUUAUUCCCUUCUAUGUCCAAAACAUAGAGAUAAAAGAUUGAAAUCAGCAGAAGCAAAGUCCUUCAAGACUUGAACCAGACUUGUAACCUCAGCUGGUAAAAUUAUAGAACUGAUGGUCACUAUACCAUUUGAUCUGUCAAGGGAGACAACUAAAGACAACAGAUGAGAACGGAGAACAGAAUAACACGGAAUUAUGGCGUCUCUGCAGAAGACAGAAGAAGACCAAAUUUUAUGUUUCGUUUUACAUUGUGUCUUUCAAACUGUUUGUCAUUUAAACUGGUUGUUUUAAAAUAGAUUAUUUGUUUGGAGUAUGUGACACCAGCAUGCUUUGUGAAUAGAGCUUCCACAGACUGUUAAGACACUGUUUUGUCUUUGUAAUGCAUUCAGUAAUUGACAUUUUAUUAGCUUUUAUGAUCUUAGGAGAGUAGGGCUUGUAAGGUAUCCUCCUCACUCAGUAAACAUCAGUACAAGUUUCAAUCAAAUUUAGAUCAAAUUUUUUUUCACGGUCUUUUAAAAUUAAUAAGCUUCAAAUUAAAAACUUUAUAUCUUUUUUGGAAAACAUCAACUGAAUUUUAUUUGAAUUAAGGUUAAGUAAUAUACAUCUACUAGAAUAUUAUUAAAACAAAUAGCUUUACCAUACUUUAAAAUGUUUGAAUGCAUUCAUUUACAAAUAUAGUAGUGAGUAGUCCGUAUAAAAAACUUAAUAGGCAAUAAGGGUUCAUUUAUCUUUUCUUUGAUUUAAGGAAAAUUGCACUUAAGGGAACCUAUAUGAUAUAUUUUACAUUUUCUUCUUCGAUCACAAACAUCCAGUUCAUAAAUUAUUUUUAUAAUUCAUGGUUAUUUCUUAUCUACUUAAACUCUUAAAAAUGAUUAGUUUAUCAUGGCUAUAUGAAUAUAUAUUUCCAACUUGAACUCUGUAAUAUGUAAAUGGUUCAUGUUUAGUAUAAAUGUAUGUCAGAGAAACAUAUUGAUUUGUUUUAAGGUCAUGAAGGUUGAUUUUUUUUACUAUUAAAACUAAUAAGAAAUUGAAUUAAAUUGAUGUCACAUGAAAUUUUUUUUUACAUUUAAAAGCUAUGAUAGAUUUUGGAAUGUCUUUUUUGAGGGUAUGUUUAAAAUAUGAUUUGAAUAGAUGAAUACAUUGUAUACUGUUGUAAAAAUUUUACCUUGAAGAUUUUUUUUCUUUUUUAAUACAAAGAUUAAAUUAUCCAGUGAAAAUAUAGAAGAAUGUUUUGGAUGAAACCUGCUGUGUAAUACAAUAUAAGGUCAAUGUAUGUAAAUUAUUAACUUUUUGGCGUGAGGCUUAGGAAAUGGGGAACAGCAGGUUUACUGAACUAUUCAACGAUCCCCAUGCUUAAUACAAGAUAGUUAUAUUAUCUGACAUUGACCUGAUAGUGUUUUCACUCUGCAAUUAAAAUGACAACAAUUUUAGUUAUGAAGUUGUUAAUACAGAAAUAAAACUUAUUUUCUAUCCCUAAACAAGCCCCAAAUUAUGACGAAAGGUCAUGUGAUAUGAAAUCAAUGUUGCACAAAAUAUCACUUAUACUAUAUCUAGUUGUUUAAGAAAAGAGGAAGUGUUCUAGCUAUAGUAUUUCUUAAAUGAUAAAAAGUGAUACAAAUUUAUUGACUGUAAUAAGCAAUAUGUAUGUAGGAUUUCAUACAUCUCCUACAAUUUUAACAGUAUUCAAAAUUGGUAACCAGUUAUAGUUUAGGUUACCAAUAUUAAAUGAAGGUUUAUUUGGUCUUUCAUUUAUUUAACAUACAUUCCCUUCUUUUUCUAUUAAUAUUCUGAGAUACACUUGAUAUUCUAUCCAACUUACACAAAGAAGUUCAGUUAUAUGAAAAAGUCAUGUAGUAUAUUUUGUAAAAUAUAUUUGGCACAUACAUAUAGUAUCGGUAAACAUACAAAUAUGCAUGCAUACUGUUAAAGAUAAUAUCAUUAUAUUCAUUUAUUAGCAUUGUUGAGGCACAGUUUAUUACACCAAACUAAACUCAUGAGAAUUUAUUGAAACUCAAGUUUUAGAUCUCUGUUUUUGUUACUUAAAUGGGUACAAUGACUUAAAAUAUAUUCUCCCUGACUUUUAACCUUGUUAGUACUUCUAAAAUUAUCUAGAAUGGUCAUCAUACGUUUUUUACACACUAUGUAACAAUGCCUUGAUUAUUAUAUAAUUUUUAACGAAUAUGGAAAUGCUUCGGCAUGAUUAUAAGGCAUUAUGAGUUUUGGUUUUAGAUCUUUUGUAGUUUCAUAUACGUGCCAUAAAGCUUAAUACUAGUACAGUUUUGUUUCAUUUUCACAUUAUCUUAAUAAGUUCUGCCAAUUGUGUAUUCUUUGCUGUAUGAGUAUGACCUGGUGUCUUAUGACUGAUAAACUGUUUGAAACAGAGAUUAACAGUGCUUUCAUAUAGAAAUGUCACAAAAUGUUUAAGCUUUAUCUUCUCAUUUUACAGAGACAUAUUAUUUUGUCUUGUAUGUUUAAGUCUAUUUAUGUACAAACUUCUUAAUAAAAUAAGAAAAUUCAUUAA